AUGAGCAUGGUUGGAGAACUUUCAUGUUUUCUGAGACUUCAAAUUAAGCAAAAGAAUGAUGGCAUCUUCAUAUCUCAGGAAAAGUAUGCCAGGAAUAUGGUUAAAAAGUUUGGUUUGGAACAAGCUCGAAAUAAGCGGACUCCAGCUACGACAUAUGUUAAACUUACAAAAGACACUGAUGGUGCUGAAGUUGAUCACAAACUUUACAAGAGUAUAGUAGGCCGCCUAUUAUAUUUAACAGCAAGUCGACCUGACAUAGCUUAUGCUGUGGGAAUAUGUGCUCGUUAUCAGGCGGAUCCCCGCAUCACUCACCUUGAAGCUGUUAAACGAAUUCUUAAGUAUGUUCAUGGGACCAGUGACUUUGGAAUGAUGUAUUCCUAUGAUACCACCCCCACUUUAGUUGGAUAUUGUGAUGCUGACUGGGCAGAUUCAGCUGAUGAUCGUAAAAGUACGUCUAAAGGUUGUUUCUUUUUGGGAAACAACUUAAUCUCUUGGUUAAGUAAGAAGCAAAACUUUGUUUCUUUAUCUACAGCUGAAGUUGAAUAUAUAGCUGCAGGUAGUGGUUGCACAUAA